AUGAAUGGCAAACUGAACAAGAGGAUGAAUAGCACACUGAACAAGAGGGUGAACGACACACUGAACGAGAGGAGGAAUGACACAGUGGACAAGAGGAUGAAUGACACAGUGGACAAGAGGGUGAAUGACACACUGAACGAGAGGAUGAAUGACAAAGUGGACAAGAGGAUGAAUGACACAGUGGACAAGAGGAUGAAUGACACAGUGUACAAGAGGAUGAAUGACACAGUGGACAAGAGGGUGAAUGACACACUGAACGAGAGGAUGAAUGACACAGUGGAUAAGAGGGUGAAUGACACAGUGGACAAGAGGAUGAAUGACACAGUGGACAAGAGGGUGAAUGACACAGUGGACAAGAGGAUAAAUGACACAGUGGACAAGAGGAUGAAUGACAUAGUGGACAAGAGAAUGAAUGACACAGUGGACAAAAGGAUGAAUGACACAGUGGACAAGAGGGUGAAUGACACAGUGGACAAGAGGAUGAAUGACACAGUGGACAAGAGGAUGAAUGACACAGUGGACACAAUGAUGAUUGACACUGUGGACAAGAGGAUGAAUGACACAGUGUACGAGAGGAUGAAUGACAUAGUGGACAAGAGGGUGAAUGACACAGUUGACAAGAGGGUGAAUGACACAGUGGACAAGAGGGUGAAUGACACAGUGGACAAGAGGAUGAAUGACACAGUGGACAAGAGGAUGAAUGACACAGUGGACAAGAGGGUGAAUGACACAAUGGACAAGAGGAUGAAUGACACAGUGGAAAAUAUGAUGAAUGACACAGUGGACAAGAGGAUGAAUGACACAGUGGACAAGGGGAUGAAUGACACAGUGGACAAGAGGAUGAAUGACACAGUGGACAAGAGGAUCAAUGACACAGUGGACAAGAGGAUGAAUGACACAGUGGACAAGAGGAUGAAUGACACAGUGGACAAGAGGAUGAAUGACACAGUGGACAAGAGGGUGAAUUACACAGUGGACAAGAGGAUGAAUGACACAUUGGACACAAUGAUGAAUGGCACAGUGGACAAGAGGAUGAAUGACACAGUGGACAAGAGGAUGAAUGAUACAGUGGACAAGAUGAUGAAUGACAUAGUGGACAAGAGGGUAAAUGACACAGUGGACAAGAGGGUGAAUGACACAGUGGACAAGAGGGUGAAUGACACAGUGGACAAGAGGAUGAAUGACACAGUGGAAAAUAUGAUGAAUGACACAGUGGACAAGAGGAUGAAUGACACAGUGGACAAGAGGAUGAAUGACACAGUGGACAAGAUAGAUAGAUAG